CUUUCCCACCGCGUGAAAAAAAGAAGUGAAAGACAAACCUGAGUACAACCUGAAAGGUCCAAACUGGUGAUCUUGUGGCAUCCUUUGCCUAAAUUCAGGAAUUCCACAUAUUCCAGCUGUAUCUCAUCGUUUCUGAACUGCAUUAGUUAAUAUUACACAAACUCAGAUUUCAAAGGAAUCCUUUCACAGUUUCAUCUAUCGCACAAAGUAAUUGAGGCCAGCUGGAUGUCAGGAUGCAAGUGGUUGCCAUUAUAAUAUUUCUCUUCUUUUGUAAAGCAGCUGAAUUUAGGAAGACAAGUUUGGGGAGUUCAAGAAGCAAAGCUCACAAUGGAAGGGCAAACAAUGGCAGGAGGGCCUCUAGCACUGUGAAGCGUUAUGCUCCAGGCCUUCCAUGUGACAUAUAUACUUAUCUUCAUGAAAAAUACUUAGAUUGUCAAGAAAGAAGACUAGUUUAUACUUUGCCUGGUUGGCCUGAGGAUUUAUUACAUAUGCUGCUAGCAAGAAAUAAAAUCCGUAUAUUGAAGAAUAAUAUGUUUUCCAAGUUUAAAAAACUGAAAAGCCUGGAUUUACAGCAGAAUGAUAUAUCCAAAAUUGAGAGUGAGGCUUUCUUUGGUUUAAACAGACUUACCACUCUCUUACUUCAGCACAACCAACUAAAGGUACUGACAGAGGAAGUGUUCAUUUAUACACCACUUCUAAGCUAUCUGCGUCUCUAUGACAAUCCUUGGCACUGUACUUGUGAGAUGGACACAUUGAUAUCCAUGUUGCAAAUCCCAAGGAACAGGAAUUUGGGGAACUAUGCCAAGUGCGAAAGCCCACGAGAACUGAAAAACCAAAAGCUGAAGCAGAUAAAAUCUGAACAAUUAUGUAAUGAAGAUGAAAAAGAACAACUGGCCCCCAAGACUCAAGUAUCAGGGAGACCUACAGUUGUCAAGCCCGAGGCUGACUCCACUCUUUGCCACAUUUAUGUGUUUCCCAUACAAACACUAGAUUGCAAACAAAAAGAAUUAAGGAAAAUCCCAACCAAUAUUCCUCCAGAUAUUAUUAAACUUGACUUAUCAAACAACAAAAUAAGCCAGCUUCAACCUAAGGAAUUUGAAGAUGUUCAUGAAUUGAGGAAAUUAAAUUUGAGCAGCAAUGGGAUUGAAUUUAUUGACCCUGCUUCUUUUUCAGGACUCACACACCUAGAGGAAUUAGAUUUAUCAAACAAUAAUCUACAAAAUUUUGACUAUGGAGUAUUAGAAGACCUCUAUUUUCUAAAAAUCUUAUGGCUUAAAGAAAAUCCUUGGAGAUGUGACUAUAAUAUCCAUUACCUUUACUACUGGUUAAAACAUCAUUAUAAUGUUCAUUAUAAUGGCCUGGAGUGCAGAACGCCUGAAGAAUACAAAGGCUGGCUUGUUGGAAAAUAUGUUCGAAGUUACUAUGAAGAAUGCCCAAAGGACAAACUACCAUCAUAUCCCGAUCCAACUGAUGAGGACACAGAAGAUGAUGCGUGGGAAAAAAUACACCGAGAUCACAUGGCAAAGAAACAAAGUGUCAGGAUUACCAUAGUAGGUUAAUUUAGAAGGAUUCCCCUUAUAAGUAGGUUAGAUUUGAUAUCUGUUUAAGAAAAAUCUUGUUUACAUUUUGGUUAACUGUGUUACCUGUCUUUGAAGGAAUAUCCAACAACAGGGUUUCUUUAAUUAUUAUUUUAGUUGUGAACUAAGGGAACAAUCUCAUGCUGUUUGUUCUACAUAUACAUUGGCUGAGCAAUGAUUGCUGGCAGGCAUUCUACAAUAGUAAAUUGCAUGAGAUUGGGUUCCUUAUGAUGGCAUUAACAAUUACUUAAUGAUCUAUAUAACUUUUUUUACUGUUUAAAAAAAAUUGGUUCAUUCUUGUCAUGCAUUUUGAGAACAAUUUGUAAAUACAUAGAAAAAUUAAAGUGGAAGAUAUAAAUAUAUCUAUCCAUAGAGAAAUGGCUUUUUUUUUUUUUGGCAUAGCACACUAUGAGUUGAAUAAAUUUCAAUUCUUAUAUGUAUUCACUCUUGGAAGAAUUCAUGUAAAUUAAGAUUUUGUUUUGACAAAAACGUAAGAUUAAAAACUAAAGAAUCAAUUUAAACACAAUGAGAGAAAAGUAUCUAACAAUAAUAUUUAUAGACUACAAAAUGCAGUAGCAAGCAAUAUAUGCUUGAGUGCUUUCUUUUAAGCUUGGAAAUUACCCCAAAAUUCCCACAAAAGUUAUUCUGUGAAACAGUAGACUUUCUAAAAUAAAAAGUAAAGAUAUUCUCCUUUGAAUUCCAAGGCAAAGAAAUUUCCAUAAGUACCCAUAUUUCAAAAGUUAGCAAAUUAAAACACUUAGACAUAAAUUUUAGUAAUGUCAACCCAAUUCUAAAUGAAAAAGAUAAUUUUUUUCAAAGAUGCUAUAAUUCAUGCAUUGUUAAGAUCUCUUUGACUCAGAGUUGAAGAAAAUCAUGUGAUGGUGGAUACUAGGUGAAAGGUAUUUCUAGAAAUUCAAGCAGGAGUAUUGGUUAUGGAAAGAUCAUCUUUUUUUUGAAUCACCUUAUUUCAACUACCAUAUGUCAAGCCUUACUGUGUACAAGGUAUGUGCUAUGUGCUGAAAAUACAAAGAUGAAAAAUCACCAUCCUGAUCUCAAGGAGCUUAAACAGUUCCUAAUAAGAAUAAGACAGGCACUCAAAAAAGAAUGUGAUAGGAGUAAAGAAAACAUUCAAAGGGCUGCAAGAAAAACUGAGAAAAGAAAGAGCAUUUCCAGCUGAGAAAAUUAAAAAAUGCUUAAGGAGGCAAGGUUGCUCUUGAGAGAGGAGUCUUAAAGAAAGGGAUUCAACAGGCAGUAAGUAACAAGAGUGAGUUUGUUUCAGAUACUGAGAGGUGGUGUGACUGCUAAGUUAAGGAUGAGGACAUCUAGUCCAAUUUGGCUGGAAUAUCAUGUUUAAAAGGAAACAAUAUGAAAUAAAACUGAAAAUGGUAUUUUGUAGAUAAAUUGAGGAAGAUCAAGGUAAAGAAUGUCUAUUCUGUCUUUUAGGAAAUAGGGAGUCACUAAAAGUGCCCUUUCCCUCUGUUCUGAGCUCUUGUUUUAUAUUCCAGCCUGUGAGUCUCAAUCACACUACAUCUCCUGUCUCUCUUGCCUCAGACUGUUGGCUUGAGAACCUAUCUCUGACUGGUUCCACAUUUGCCAAAUCUGCUUCACCCUAGAUCCCAACAUUUACAUUUUUUUGCCUCUAACCUCCUGAUUUCUCUCUCAAGCUGUCCUGUGUUUGACCUCACUGCUAAAUUCCUAUAGAGUAAUCUGUAUUGGCUGCCAGUUCUUUCUUAACAUCCACCUACUCUUUAGUCUCUGGCUUUCCAUCCCCAAACCCCUCCUGAAACCAUUUUUCUCAGGUCAUCAUUAACCCCAUCAUUACCAAAUCCAGGAGUUUAUUUGCAGUUCCAUCUUUGACUUUUCUGCAACAUUGGACAUUUUAUCACCCUUUUCCUCUUGAUGCUCUUCUUUCUUGACUUCCACAACACUGAGAUUUCUGAGUUUUCCUUUUGUCUGACUGCUACUUACCAGUUCUCCAAGUUUAUCUUCUUUAUAAUCCUCAAUCCCUGAGAAUCUCCCAGUGCUUUGUCCUUCAAUACUCUUUCUCUUGGCAGGCUUCUAUCCCAGUGAUUUCGAUUACAGUUUCUAUAUAGUUAAGUCAGAGUUCUUUAUUUUGACUACUCAUUUGUCCCUUGAGUGCUAAUACUUAUACCUAGCUGCUUGUUAGCAGUUUGUACCCUGAAGUCUUUGCCAGCACCUUAAACUGAACUUUUCCAAAUCUGAACUCUUUUCUGGUGACACUAUUGUUCUCCCUGCUCAGGCUCAUAUCUCAGUCAUUCUUUACUCUUUCUUCUCCACUUCAUCUAACUUGUUGGCAAAUCCAGCCACAUCUAAUUCCAGAAUACUUCUUGCAUCUCUUUUCACUUUUCCACUCCUACUGCUACCAUCCAAAUUGAGGCCAUCAGCAUGGGAUCAUAGGUCUUGAACUGUCAGAGACCGAGAAGUUAUCUUGUUCAAUCCUUUCAUUUACUGAAUAUAGGAAGAAUAACUUGCCCCAACAUAAAAGGUAAUAAUGACAGAACAAGGAUUUUCAGACUCCAAACUCAUAAUUUGCUCUGCUGUUCCAAACUAUUACAUUACUUCACAGGAUAGAAUAUAAAACAAAAGCUCAUCAGAAAAGAGGGAAAUGAAAAGAACUUUACAAUCCUAACUGCCCUGAACCUGGCUCAUUGGCGAUUCAUCCCCACAUGCCCCCACUGUUUAUUUAUCCCCUCAGUGUUCUGACAUGAUUUGAAGAGUACCAGGAAAAGCAGCUUCAAUAUUUCAACAGAUCUUGUGGAUGUGAGAAUUGCCUCCAAAAAAAAGCAGAUUUCAACCCUCUGGACACCUCACAUUUCCCACCUAAAACUCAAACUUCUUUAUCUGCUACAAUACAGUGUUAUUCUAGCUAUCCAACCUCAAUUCAUACAACUCUAUCCUAUACAAUGCCUUCUGAUCAAAUAUGGCCACUCUCUAUUCUCUGAAUCUACAUUAAACUCAUCCUUCAUUGCUUUUUUCUCAGGCUACUCACUAAGCUCUUCCUCUACUUUUUGUCUUCUGAAUUUCUCUCCUAUAAUGUCUCCUUUCAAUCUGACUCCCCCAAGAAGCCUUACUUUUGUUUCCCAAAUGUCUCCCGUCUAUCAGCUUUUCCUCAUUAGACAUACAUAGCACUUCUAAUUGACUUACCAUGUAUCAUGACUCAUCUCUUGUAUUUGUAUCCCCAGAAACUAGUGCCUAGACACAGGGGUCCUCAAACUUUUUAAAUAGGAGGCCAGUUCACUGUCCCUCAGACUGUUGGAGGGCCAGACUAUAGUUAAAACAAAAACUUUGGUUUGUGGGCCUUUAAAUAAAGAAACUUCAUAGCCCUGGGUGAGGGGGAUAAACAUCCUCAGCUGCCACAUCUGGCCCACGGCUGUAGUUUGAGGAUCCCUGGCCUAGAGCAUAGUAGAUACUUAAUAUAUGUUUAUCAAUUACUGCAAUGAUAAGUGUUUGUGUGUUCUCUCCUAACUAAACUUUAAACUCUAUGACAUUUACACUAUACAUAGGUACAGUAUAAGGCAUCCCAAAGACCUUAAUCAAUUGAAUUUUGAAGGAACAAAUAUUAAAUCUAUAACACUUAGAAGGUCUGGAAAUUAUUUUUUUUAAACACAACUUUUUCUUCUUCAUUUCACUGGGGAUUCUUGAAUCCAAAGAGUAAGAAAAUAACAAGAAAUUCUGAUCCUUGAAGCCAAGAGAAUAGCCCUGUGGUUAAUGACCCAAGACAUAUUAUUUAAUACAAACCCCUUAGGUCUAAAUGUUUCACAUGGACAUGUUGUCUGAGGCAGUACAGUUUCUCCACACCUAGGAAGGAGAAGGCAGGCUCACAAGAGGAAGUAGGAUGAUAGUGGGACUUUAAAGGGGGGAGUGGAGAAGCCAUGUUAGGUGACUUGGGGCCUAUAGGGAACCAACUAAUUCAGAGGACUACUGUGGGAAGGAACCAUACUCCACCAUGUGAGCAACCUGGGACAAAGCUUUGAUUAAUCACUGCUAGUUUCAGCAUUAGUUUUCAGACAAACCAAUCCCUUAAUCUGAUUCUCCCAAAUCAGAGAACUAGUCUUUGAAAUUAGAUUUUUAAUUGCUUUUUAAUUAUUCUUCCACUCAAACCAAAGAAAAAUAAAAGAAAUACAAAUUUGUAUAUUAUAGACAUAUAUUUGUCUUGUAAAUAACUUGUAAAUUUCCACAAAAACAUAAAACUCACUUGGGAUAACUUCCAAAAUGUUUUUUAAAAUUCUUCACAAUGAUGAGCAAAGAAUUUAGAAGCAGUUCUUCUGACUUUUAAUGCUAAGUUGAUCAUUAGCCAAUAUCUCAUUGCAUGGUGAAAAAUAUAUACAAAAUAAAUUAAGCAAUAUCUGAAUCAGCAUAGAUCAAAUGUCAAAAACAACUGUGUCUGUAAAUUUCAGCAGGGCAAUUUCUGGGACUUGAAUGAUGUUUUCAUUCUCACAUAUCAAAUGAAGCUAAUUCCAAAAAAGGUUUAUACACUCUGCAAAUCCUUGGAACUCAAAGACAAGCAAAGUUAAUGGUAAAUAAGAUGCUAUUAAAAUGUUUUAAAUAAGAAGUAGAUAUCCUGGGUUGCCAAGUAGAAGGCCAAAUGGAGUUUCUAAAAAUUACUUAUUACAAUGUUUCUCCUUAUCAAAAAGAAACUUGGAAGGAGGAAUGCUGAACAAUAAGUGAAUGUUGUACCAUUUUAGCAGAAGGAAUUUUUAAAAACCAUACAUUGAUUAGAUUUCUAUAUAGAAUUAUGGAUAUGUAGGAGUAGGAUAUGGACAAGAAUCUCAAAAUGAGAAACCACAGGUAGAUUAUGAUUUGUACUGUUAGAGAAAACAAUCACAUAUGUAAGUUAAUGAAACAUUGAAAACGGAAAUGUAAAGAUAUAAUUUUUUUAUCAGAAUAUGAAUUCCUAGUCUGAUUCCUGUAAGUCAGCAUUAUAAUAGCAAAAUAAAAGUAAAAAUUGUGCAAAUAAUUUACUAGGUAGAGAAAUAUUGCAAACAGCUGAGCUCUAUUUUAUGCCUCCAAUAUGUUAAUUUUAUGCUGACAUAACAAUAUAAGGAAUACAUUUCCUGGGAUGCUAACAUACUUUUUCAUGUAUACAGUGUAUACUUUUUUGUCAACAUAACUUAUGACCUCUCUCUCUCCAGUCACACACAAAGAAUUAAAAAUAUUUUAUUUGAAGCUAAUUAUUUUUUGACAUUGUUGCAGAUGUUAAGAACACAAGCACAAUUGGUGCAGCCAAACAACCCAAAAGACUAGCCAAUAUUUUAUCUGUAAUAUAGAAAUAAGAUAACAAAAUCCUUGCUAGAAAUUUGUGAAAUACUGGAUUCAUCAACUAAUGAGAUCAGAUAUUAACUUAACUGAAUAAAAGUUGGGCAAGACUCAAAAUAACACAAAAUGCUAGAGCUGAAACCAAGCUUAGAGAUUGUCUAAUGUGGGGAUGCUAAACCUUUUUGUUUGGGGGGAGGGGGUCAUGGACCUCUUUGGCAAUUGGAUGAGUCUAUGGAUCUCUUCUCAAAAUUAUAUUUUCAAAUAGUUUAAGGAAAUCCUUUACUUCAUUUACAAUUUGGUGAAAAUAAAAAGGAAUAAAAUAAAAUGAAAAAUGGAAAUAAAUUAAAAAUUAAAUUCUCCAUAAUUUAUCCUUAACCUAUCUUUGAAGGUUUAUGUCCUAAAAAUCCCUUACAUAAAAUUAAAGGAUUGAAAACUAGAAGAAAUUAGUGAUAAUUUUGUUUAAGUCCUUCAUCUUAUAGACAAAGAAACUAACCCAUGUAGAAAGAAUAACAGAUUUGUCCAUUGCACCAUGAAUUGUGGUCAAACCAUUCACCAGUCCUUGAACAAACCCUCUGAUCUCUCACCUCUAUGAUUGUGCUCAUUCUGCUCCCUCUCAUUAAAAUGCUCCAUUAAAGCUUUCCCUGACCCCUAUAGGUCAAGUAAUUUCUCCGUUCUCUGAACUCAAGUAGCACUUUACAACUCUGUAAUUUCCAUAUUAUGGCUUCUAUUACAGAUAUCUGUUUAGUUCACAUUCUCUACUAGACUUUAAAUUCUUUUAAGGCAAGAACCAUGUCUAUUCAUUUGCAUAUUUUACAGAUCAAUAACCAUGUUAUACUUUUGCAAAUAAGUUAAAGUACUAAUAAAUUUAUUACUUGAUAAAUAGGUUAUUAAUUUAAGCUAAUUUAUUACUAUGUGUCAGACACAAUGCUAAACUGAGGAUAUUUUUUAAAAGGCUUUAAGGAGCUCAUGUUCUGAAGGAAAAGAUUAUGUGACAAUAACAAUGUACAUAUAAGAUGUGCAUAUAUCUCAUAGAUAUGUGAAAAUGGAAGAUAAUCUCUGAGGAAAGGCAUUGGGAGAUGGAAAGAGGAGGAACUUGGGAAGGAACAAUGGGAGUAACCUUCUGCAGAGAAGAAAUGUCUUAAAGAAAUCCAGGAAAGUUGGGAGGCAAAAGUUCAUUAGGAGAGCAUUCUAUUCCCACUGGGAGAGAGCAUAUCUUAUCUAAGGAACAGCCAGAAACUAUUGUCACUGGAUAACAAAAUGAAUCAAGGACAGUAAGCAUAAGAAAAAUGGAAAGGUAGAAAAGGGGUCAGACUGUGAAGAGAUUCAAGCGCCAAAAGAGGACUCUUUAUUAGAAUCUGGAAGUAAUAGGGAGUCAUUGAUGUUUACUGAGUAGUGGAGUGACGCAGUUAGACCACUGCUUUAGAAAAAUCCUUUUGUUUCAAUUGAUAAAUGACAGACAGAAGCAGCUACACCCAAAGAAAGAACACUGGGAAACGAAUGUGAACUAUCUGCAUUUUUGUUUUUCUUCCCGGGUUAUUUAUACCUUCUGAAUCCAAUUAUCCCUGUGCAACAAGAGAACUGUUCGGUUCUGCAAACAUAUAUUGUAUCUAGGAUAUACUGCAACAUAUCCAACAUAUAUAGGACUGCUUGCCAUCUAGGGGAGGGGGGUGGAGGGAGGUAGGGGAAAAAUUGGAACAGAAACGAGUGCAAGGGAUAAUGUUGUAAAAAAAAUUACCCUGGCAUGGAUUCUGUCAAUAUAAUUAUUAUUAAAUAAAAAUUUAAAAAAAAAUUAUACCUGUUAGAGUUUAAAAAAAAAAAAAAAGAAAGAAAGAAAAAAGAAAAGAAAAGAAAAGAAAAAUCCUUUUGGCAGCUAAUGGAGCAUGAUCUAGAAUGUGGAGAGAGUUGAAAGAGCAUUCCAAAAAGGGUCUGCACCAUGGCUGGGUGCAAGGAGAAAAGUGGACAUGAAAGAGUUUGAGAUAAAGACGAGAGAAGAAAUAGGAAAAGAAGUUCUAAACCAAGGGGAGGAGGGAGGAAAGAAAUGGAGAAGGAAACGUGGGAGGAGAGAAAAGAACAUUUGGCAAAGCUUUUGUGGGAAGUGAGAAAGGGAAUCAAUUAGGGAUUGCUGUGCAGUAAGGGCCUCUUUAAACUUGGGUAACAGGAAUUAAGUAACAGUCUAUUUUAAUUACUUGAAAUCAUGUCUUAGUCAAUCAAUUAAUCAAAGCAAAUAGGACCUAUGAAUUACCCCUUUCCUGUUGUGUGAUUUCUAUGCCUGAGCCACUUUCCCUUGCCCUUUGUAUGCAUUUGAAAAGUGUGUCACUGACUUUUGAACAGAUAUUUUUAAUCAGCUUUCUCACUGUACCAUCUUAAUAAAUAUACUUUCCUAACAGUUA